GAUGCAACGUUCACCUUCGACGACAUUUGCACCUUCCCUCUUUCACUAUCGUCUCCGCCAGAUCCAGCAGCGUAUUGCGCCACGGCGUAUCCCUUUUCUUUUUUCUUUCCUUCUACUCUUCGUAGAGAGUCGUAGUCCUACCGGGUGCAAAAUGCGUCGUCAAAUUUCUGUGCAAGGAGAAAAGUACUGCAGCGUGGGCACUCGAAGUAAAUUACGGUGCUGCCGUUACCUGGUGCCCACUGUUUUUUCCUCCUCACCGCAAGCUGCGCUGCGGACCUCACGUCGCUCAAUUUCCGUAGGUGCACCUCCGCCUUUUUACACCGAUGGCCGCGAGGCAGAAGCGCCCUCCGCUGCCCCACCGUCCUUUGCAUCCCCUGCCAUUCAUGCUCAACAAGAAAACCCAUGGAUGUCGUCAAGUUCCGCCGCACGCGUCGCGGCACCCUUCUCCCCCCAAGAGGUGAAGGCUCUUGUGUUUCCUCUCCUCCCGUGCGUGCCUCGCUCUCCCCCCUCACCAAACAGAAGCACUGGCUUCCUACCGCAAUGCAUUACCGUCAGUGCGUUGCUGAGACCACUGCCAAAGUCAUUGCGAAGCUACAUGGAGAAGUAUCAACGCUCUCCGUCGUCUGAUGGAGAGCUUAAAUGUGAAGUCCGCGGCGGAAAACGGGAGACAGGGUCCGUCGAACGGAAUGCGUUUGCUGCUACUCUGAUGGCGUCUGGCGUCGGUGCUUACCUCGUCGAUCACUUUCCAGAGGAAGUAGUUAUUUUCAUGCCCGGAGGACGCCUGGCACGCAAGGAAGCACCUCCAUCAACAACGGCAACGCAAGGAGAAACCUCAUCAGCGUCUUCAACAGGUGCGGAUGGCAAAACAGCCUCUUGUAUGAAUGCUGUUUCUGAGAAGAAGACGGAGGACACCUCUUCACCUUCCUCCACCGAGGAAGAAGGCACAACGAAUCGCCCCGUCACGGCACCGGAAAAGGCCUCUGAAGGCUCUACUGGCCUUCGUUCUCCCGCUACAGGAACGGCGCCGCCUCCUCCUCCGCAGCCGGUGGGUUCAAGGGAGCGGUAUGGCAACAUCACCGGCGCCCCUGCCUUCUUUGGCGCGCCAUCCGUCGGAACGAGUGGUGGGGCGCCGCUGUCUCCUUCUGCGUCUAGUCUCGAUAAGGUGGCGGAUGACGUGCGCUCUAACCCCGCUGCGGUGCCACUCCGCUCCACGAUCCAAAUGAUGGAUGUUCUGGUGGAGUACAUCCCAACUUUCUACACCCCUGUCGACGAGAUAGCGCCCAUGAUGCCCAGUAACAUCCAGCAACUUUAUGCCGACUCAUCCUUUCGCUUUUUCCUGAAGCGCUUCAAGCACUACAUCGACAUUCGCUCCACCUUCAGCGUCUCCGAGGUGCGUCUCAGAUCCACCUUCAAUCACCCAAAACGGGGGAUGGCAGACGCGCGGUUUCGCACGGGCGGCACGGCGUCGGUGGAGAGCUCGCCGACAGCGAACCAGCUGCGGCGCCCGCCGCGCAACUCGGAGGCAAAUCUGAUCGGCCUCAUCGCCCCACAAGUGCCGAAGGCGUUUACCCCUCUGGCGGAGGUGCUGCAGGAAAUCGCGCCCAUCGUGUCGCGCCACCCCGCGUUCGACCCCCGUCUCGGCGUGACCGGGAUUUUAGGAAAGUACCCGGAGUACUUCCAAGUAGUGGAUGGCCGGCUGCGCGCCCGCCCGUACCGCGAGGCGCCAAACUCGCUGCGAGACCUGGACUGUGACUCCUCUCCCCUUCCCGAGAUAUUUGCAAAGGUGUGGACGUGCGUGGAGGCGGCGGCGGCAGGGAAGGACUACGCCGAGCCGGCGGAGAAAGCUGCAGCGACGGUGUCGACGGGGCGCCUCUACGGCCUCCUCUCCGCGGCUGAAAAGGCAGCGGUGAAACAGAAGUGUCGCUCCUUCCCCACGUUUUUGCGCCUGCACGGCAAGGCGCUCGUCGUCUCGGUGGACAAAAUGCGCGUCUACAAGUUUAUUCCCGAGCACGAGGCGUGCACGGACACCUUACUCAACGAACGGCUGCGCAUGAACUCACUGGACCCGAACGAUCCGAUUCUUAAAAUCCCAGCUGCGAUGGCGCCUGAGGCGAACGCGGAGUGGGCGGUGCGCGAGCUCUACGACGCCCUCCCGCUGAUGCAGUGUGCAGAGCUCAGUGAGGUGCUCUCUCUUGUACCGCCGGCGGUGCGCGACGCGCUGCCGAAAGCUGUCUCCGACGUGCGACUGUUGCUUGAGCAGUACGGUGACUACUUCGCCAUCUGGCCCUAUCCGGAUGAUGAAAGCGUCAUUGUCGUGCGACGGGCAAGGGUGGAGGAGCCGGUGCUGGACAAAGCGGAGAUCGUGCGCAUGGUCGUGCCGCUCAUCCCGCAAGGCGGCACGACGCUGACGUCGCUGCGGACACGUGCGCCGUUGGUGCUGCAGCGCUACUUUUACCGCCAUGGCACCGUAGCGACGCUGGGUGCGAUGAAGGACAUGUUUGCCAUCGCCGGUGAUCGCAUUGUGCGCUUGAUGUAG